CAUUCUGCCCUGCAGCGCUCUUCAAAGUCCCCUCCCCUCCUUCACCCACACUGGGCUUGUAAGUUUACUGAACAAAACAACAAGCUCAUUAAUCCAGACUCAGUCAAAUAUCACAAAAGGACCAAGCAAUGUCUCCCAUGGAGAGAACCCUGAAAAUGUAGUGAUAAUAAUUUUCCUGUAAUAUCAACAUUAAACCUUUCUUGGUACAAACUGUGUAGAUCCUGGGCACAUAGCUCUUGUGCUCUUUAAGUAUUGAAGGACUCUGAGGAAAAGAAAAUUGUGGCCCUGCACCCCGGAGCCAGAGUCAGAGGGACACAGGCAUUCACUCGGCUUUGGGCAUCUAGCCAGCUGUGGUUUCAGCAUACACAAGCUCCAAACACUCAUCUCAGACUGAGUGUCGGGAAUCAGCCUCUCAGCCUGGCUUUAUCAGGACCGCCGUGGUGCCUGGGAAGAUCCAGUUUCACCAUCUCUAGGUCACAAAGAGGGCACAGAUGAGCAUGGCCAGGGGACCCCUCCACAAGCACUUCGACUUUGAGAGGAAGAACGCCAGGCAAGCCCAAGUCAGACUGGGCCAAAGACUGCGGAAACUAGAAGAAGUCUGCCUCUACCACAUCAAGUCGCUGAGCAGAGAGCAGAGACAGCUCCAGAAAGACCUGCAGAGGCUCCAGCAAGCAGAUGCUACCAGGAAAAGGUUCUCCUCUUAUUUGAGGAAUGAAAACCAGAACAAGCCAGUUGUUCUCAUGUUCUCACCACAAGCCAGACAGAAGCACAGACCCCAAGCAUCUACCACUAGAGCACUGGCAAUCAGUAAAACCCAGGAAGGAUACAAAACUAAGUCCCUGAGAGCCCCUGUGUAUGGCACAGGCCUCAAAGACCCAAAGAAGAGUGGAGAAUACCAGCAAUCUCAAGGCAACAGGGCCUACGGCUUCCGGGGGAGAAAAGCACAGGCUCAAGGGAAAGAUUCUGUACAAUCACUGGAGGGCACAGACCCCAAAGGUGGUUCCUCUGCCCCGUGUCAAGACCAAGCAGUUUCCAUCAACACCAUAGAACCAGCCCCUGGCUCCAGCCUACCUGGGGAGAGCAACAUAGUUCCUGAAGACGCAACUAGAUCAGCAGACGCCAGUCUAAAGCCAGGUGGGAACGCUGGGAAGCAACUUCUCCUAGAUUCUGUGGAAUGGGCCAUGAGUGUCCAGGAUGAGACCACAAAGUCAACCUUCUUAGAGUUGUUUGGCAAAGCCAAAAAUGCCCACUAUCUCCGGCACAGGGUCCCCCCUGAGUCUGAGAGGCUGCUUAGCAUUGGGGAGAUAUUCGGACAUAGAGAGUCCUCACUGUUCAGGGCAGGAAAAGAUUGUGAAACCAGGGUACCGCCUAAGUUCCUCCUUCUGUAGCUGUUUAAUACACACUGACAAUAACAUACAUCAUAAUCACUAAGAAAAUGGAUUAAAAAUGGAUGCUUUUGAGUUCCAUUUUAGUUUCUCACUUUUAACUUGUUCAUAUCAAAUCUUUGGAUCUUAGCAAAAAUGUAGUAAUCAAUACAUAGAAAAUAAACAGAGGGCUGGGGUGCUAGCUGGGCACAGUGGUGCACACCUGUAAUUUCAG